CAAUUUCUUAAAAAUAUAAAAUAAAAAUACUUUUUUUCUCCUUCUUAAGAAGCCCACUUGGCUUCAUCUCCUCCCAUUAUCUUCUUAACUUCAUCAAACAAACAAAAAAAAAACUCAUUUCUUUUUCCUCUCGAAAUCUCAAAGAUAGAUAAAUUUUACAUAGGCAUAAUUUUUUCACUUCGACUCAGAUGGGUUUUGAUGAUUCAUGCAACACAGGUCUUGUUCUUGGAUUAGGUCUCUCACCUACUCCAAAUAAUUACAGUAGUGCCAUCAGACGAUCCUCCGGUUGCAAGCUCGAGCCGUCGUUGACUUUAAGCCUCUCCGGCGAUCCCUCGGUUACCGUGGUGACCGGAGCUGACCAACUAUGCCGUCAGACGUCAUCUCACAGCGGAGUCUCUUCUUUCUCAAGCGGGAGGGUGGUGAAAAGAGAGAGAGACGGUGGAGAAGAGUCGCCGGAGGAGGAAGACACGACGGAGAAAGUUACAAGUGAAUACAAUGAAGAUGAAGAAGGUAUUAGUGCUCGAAAAAAACUUAGGCUUACGAAAGAACAAUCUGCUCUUCUUGAGGAUAGCUUCAAGCAUCAUAGCACCCUUAAUCCCAAGCAAAAGCAAGUUCUGGCUAGACAGCUGAAUCUAAGGCCUAGACAAGUUGAAGUAUGGUUUCAAAAUAGAAGAGCUAGGACAAAGCUGAAGCAAACAGAAGUAGAUUGUGAGUUUUUGAAGAAGUGUUGUGAAACAUUAACAGAUGAGAACAUGAGACUUCAGAAAGAGAUUCAAGAACUCAAAACCCUAAAAUUGACUCAUCAGCCUUUUUACAUGCACAUGCCUGCAUCGACUCUAACGAUGUGUCCUUCUUGUGAGAGAAUCGGCGCCGGUGGCGGUAAUGGAGGAGGUGGCGGCAGCGUGGCUACCGCGGUGGUUGUGGAUGGAAGUACGGCCAAAGGAGCUUUCUCCAUCUCCUCAAAGCCUCACUUCUUCAACCCUUUUACUAAUCCAUCUGCAGCUUGUUGAAUAGUAGUAAUUCGUUUUUUAUUUAUUACUUAAAAUAUUAAAUUUUUUUUGGUGGCAAUUUAACUAGUAGGAAGAAUACAAAAACUAUGUUAGAAAGGGUAAGAUGCGUUUAGAUGGUCUCUUCUACAAUUCCCACUUUGUUUUUCAGUGGGAUUGUUGGUUUGGGAAAAAUAAUAGUUUGUAAUUAUUAUUUUAUUUGUCGAAAAAAGGUAAAAUAGUCUUCACUUUAAUUA